AUGUCCCUGAUGCUCUCGCAGUCGCCUGUAACGCAUGCCUCACCUGCGCAGCACUCGCGCCGGCUGAGCGUCGGAGCCGCAGCGAAGACGCGAACAUGCGUCCACUGCGGCCGCAGCUUUCGACGCACCGAGCAUCUCGAGCGUCAUGUUCGCACUCACACAAAGGAAAAACCGUACACUUGCUUGUGCGGCGCGGCGUUCUCUCGCCGCGAUCUGCUCAAGAGGCAUAUGGGCAUCACCGGCCAUGAGGACGUCAAUCCGCCCAAUAAGAGCACCUCGCCCAAAUCGCAGCACCGAACCGACCAUGACACAAAGCAACGGAUACGGCGUGCUUCGACGGCGACUGUGCGAUCUCGACGUGAGUCUGUCCCAAACGCUGCGUCGCAGGACCCGAGCAGCAUGCCUCCGUCGCCAGUGGACGCCGAACCCGUCCACUGGACGAUGCACCAGAAUACCAGCUACAUGAAAGACGAGAACGGUUAUCCUGAUCCGGCCAGCGAUGGCACCCAUGACCCAGAGAUCCUCGAGGCAGCUCAGCUGCUCCUCCCAGGCGGAGCUACACAUGGCAUCCCCAACUACACACCCACAACAACAUCCUCAUACCUCCCCGAAGAGCCACACCACUACGAAGAUUUCACCAACUUUUUAGACUCCCUCAAUCUACCUCUCGAGUGGGGGCCCGGCCAUCACGAGGCCCAUAGCAACCAAAACAACAGCUCCCUAACAACAGAGGUGGCAGAGCCAGGUCUCCAUCCAUUGUUCAGAGAGCGCGAGCGCGACAGAUCAGAUCGAACCCGAGCCGAUUCUCCCUUUGGCAGAUCAUGGCUCAACUCGGACCAUUAUCAAAGCAGCUACGCAGGCAUGAUCUCUGAAUAUGGGAACUACUACCACCAUUAUCACCCACCAGAAGACGUCGCUCGCGUUGUGGUACCAAAUUUCUGA